AUGGCCACUGCAGCUCUACUGUCGCAGCAUUCCUCCAAUCCUCUCGAAGUCCCAUCUUCUGAUUCUCGCAACAAAGCUUACCGACGCCAGUACCUCAAAGCACAGGAACGCAACAAGGUUGAGAACAACCUCAACUCUUCUGAUGAUCCACACAAUGCCUACAAUGUUCCCGAAUUGGAACAAUACCACUCGCACUUAGCUGAAUUAUACCCCAAUUCGAACUGGUCUGCACCGAAACCACGAUACGCCCACAAGUCUUUACAGCGGAAAGACGAGGACAGCGACAUGUUCAGCGACGACGACGGGGAUUUCAAUACAGGCGAUCCCCUCGAGGCCGAAGACGAUGACUACGAUAUUGGAAUGGAAGGCAUUGACCACGACGGUCAUGAUGGAUCCAAUGAGGAGCUCACCCUAUACUUGAAGCCACGCGAGGAGCAGGAGGAAAUCGAAGAGGAAAUCGCUGACCUCGAAGAGACUGUACCUCAGCUUUCCCCGGACUACAAAAUCGUCGACCGGCUCGGCACCGGUACCUUUUCAUCCGUGUACAAAGCCAUUGACCUCGGCUAUCACAGUAAAUGGGAUAAUACGCCAUGGCAUGGAUUCCAUUCGCCCUCGUCUUCCGCAUAUUAUCAGUCUACGCCGCGACCCGAAGAAAGUAAAGUAUAUGUGGCGGUGAAGAGAAUAUACGUGACCAGUGGGCCGGAACGAAUACGGAAUGAAAUUUCAAUUAUGGAGGAUUGUAGAGGUUGUCGUCAUGUUUCGCAGUUAAUCACAGCUUUCCGCCAACACGACCAGAUUGUCGCCAUUAUGCCAUACCACCGCAAUGAGGACUUCAGGGACUACUAUCGCGUUCUACCGAUGGAAGGGAUUAAAGCGUAUUUCCGCUGCAUGUUCCGAGCUUUGCGCGACAUUCACGCGCGAGGUAUCAUUCAUCGCGAUGUCAAGCCCGCGAACUUCCUCUUCGACCCUCGCACUGGCAUAGGCACCCUGUGCGAUUUUGGGCUCGCGUGCCGAAUGGAACGCGGGCCCACCCUUGGGGCCUGUCUUCAUACGGCACCCUCUCGAGAACACCCUCAUGGGCACGUUCGUGACCGGGCAGAAUACGACGUCGAGUAUGUCAGGCGUAUGCAGAAAGAGACCCGCAUAAGAAGUUCUAUGCCAUCCGAGAAGAUUGGUUACCCCGAGAAGGACAUUCGCCCACCUUCGAAAGCCAAUCGUGCCGGGACUAGAGGUUUUCGCGCACCUGAGGUAUUGUUCAAGUGUGGCGAGCAGACAGGUGCCAUCGAUGUUUGGUCUGCCGGAAUGAUCCUUCUGUUCUUUCUUACCGGGAAGUUUCCCCUAUUCCAUUCCAGCGACGAUGUCCAGGCGCUUAUGGAAUUAGCCGCCAUCUUUGGUAAGAAGAAAAUGGAAAGGAUUGCAACUCUCCACAGUCGUAUGUUUCAGAGCAAUGUCCCCUCACUUACUCAAGACGGGAUCACCUGGCGCGAGUUUGUGGAACGCCAAAAUACCUCCCUGCGUGAACCGCGGGACCCUGAUCCACGUUUUUAUCCUUACUCCGAAUCGUCGCAGAGCGGCGCUGGGCCGCCCCUCUCAUCUUCGUCAUCCACCCGCUACUCUCCUGCGAGGUCUUCUUCUCCUACUUUCUUUGAGCGUCCCGAUGCGGAGGCAUAUAUGGCUGAUAUUGCGAACGCGCUGGACUUCGUGGAACAGGCCAUGCAUCCCGAGUCAACCCGUCGCCUGCAGCCGCGACGUGCGCUGGCACAUCCAUUCCUCCGGGAGCCAGGUGCGCCGGACGAUGACGAAUUUUUCCCGCAUCCGUUUGGGGAAGGCGUGUGCGGUGAAUGGCAUUUCAUCGACGAUGUCACGGACGAUCUAUGUGUACGCGUACCGGUACCUGGUACAGAUCGUAUGGAAAUUCGCCGACUUAUAUCAGGGGAGGGGGUUGCCAUCGGGUCUAAGCCGUGCGAGUUUCAUAGGGAGGACCACGAGUAUGAUUCCACGUAG